UAAUCCUAACUCUUAAUGAUAAGUUAACCGACCGUAUAUAAAAGCAGAUUCGUGAGCAAGAAGAACGUUAAAUCACUGUAGUACCUCCAUACCAAGACAGAGACAUGAACCUGACGGUAAUCCCAUUCUUCUUAGGUAUUAUAUUUAAAAAGAAAAAAAUAUAUAAAUAGAUAAUAAUAAAUUAAACGACAAAGAAAAAACAAACAAACAAACAAACAAACAAAAAGCAUUUAAUUUCAAUUUAGCGACACAGUUCGCCCUACCGGAAAUAGAUAUAUGGAAGUAUGGACCGGAAAUAAAUUAUCAAGCAAACAUAUUAACAACCAUAGUCAACAAGGGAGUAGACGAAUGGCUGAGGAUUGAUUUAAAUGGCGCCAUGGGAUGUCGUUCGAUAAAUGAAAAGAGUAUUCUCUGUCGUAUUUCUACAAUGAAAUAUUCUAUUAUUGACAUGUUAAACAACCGUAACACGAGUGAGGACAUAACUAUAGAUAAACGUUUCCAAAUUGAUUUCAACGAAAAUGGCGUCCAGCAAAUGAUCGUUGAAGCUCCGUUUGACAUCGAAUAUUUGGGAUUGGUAUAUUAUUUGGCGACACAGUUUAAUGUAGGUGUUAAUAUUGGUAAAGAAUUGAUAACGUCAAUCCCGUUUGUCAAAAAAGAAAAUUGUACUCUUGGAGAAUGUGAUACCGUUUUUAAUAUCACUUUGAAAGAAAAGGAUCAUUCUUCUUCUUCUUCUUCUUCUUCCUUCUCUGCAGAAGAAAAAGAAGACGAAGAAGAAGAAGAAGAAGUGGAAGAAGUAAUAGAAAAAGUAAUAGAAAAAGAAGAUAAGGAAGAAGAAGAAAAGGAUUCAAUUUCUGACGAUCUUGAUGAAAUAAAAUUGACGUUAAUCGGUGUGCCCAAAAAAUCUACUGACAUCAAUCUGAUUAUCGAUAAAUUUCGAAAUUCAAAAAGAUGUACUCUUGCCAAAGAAUAUGUGAGUUGGUUAAUAGAAAGCGACGACAAGUCUGAAGUGAUAUCGUCCUUCAGUCGAAUAAGUGUUCAAGAAAAUGAAUCCUUCGAAAGUUUUACGACGACAACGACGAAAUCGAAGAUUUCGAAACUCGUGAUGAUUUACGAACUUACCAAAAUCAAAUUGAAAAGUAUUAAUCCAGCAACUGGUCCACUUCCCACAUUUUCAAAUCCAUUUAUAAUAAAUUUCUCAAGUGACGAAAUGAUUCAAAAUAAUUAUAUCAUAUAAUGCAUAUCCUUCAGACGAUUUAUAAUCUUUGACGCAUAUAUCCGUAGUCAAUUAAUAUUCAAUUAGAAAACUUUUUCUUAAUAUAUCCGAUUAUCGAUAAAAUAGAUUGCCAAUUUAUUCUAUUAGGUUAACAAAUUUAUUAUCGAUGGAUUUGAAGAAGAAUAUUCAAGAACAAGUUAUUAAAUAUAAUUAAACCGAUUA